GAAUGCGUGUGUAAGAAUUCCGGCUGCCACUUAGCAACGCGAGGAGGUCAGGUGAUACAACCAGCUGACUCCGGUAGAGGAGGUCCGUGUGGCUGUGGGUGUUGCAGCCACGAUAGCCCGGCCCAGACUCGAACCGAACUAUCAUCGUCAGAAUGUCGGGCAAAGACCGAAUUGAAAUCUUUCCCUCGCGCAUGGCACAGACCAUCAUGAAGGCUCGAUUAAAAGGAGCACAGACAGGUCGAAACCUCCUGAAGAAAAAAUCUGAUGCCUUAACUCUUCGAUUUCGACAGAUCCUAAAGAAGAUAAUAGAGACUAAAAUGUUGAUGGGUGAAGUGAUGAGAGAAGCUGCCUUUUCACUUGCAGAGGCCAAGUUCACGGCAGGGGACUUCAGCACCACAGUAAUUCAAAAUGUAAAUAAAGCCCAAGUGAAGAUUCGAGCUAAGAAAGAUAAUGUAGCAGGGGUUACUUUGCCAGUGUUUGAACAUUACCAUGAAGGAACUGACAGUUAUGAACUGACUGGUUUAGCCAGAGGUGGGGAACAAUUGGCUAAAUUAAAGAGGAAUUAUGCCAAAGCAGUGGAAUUACUGGUGGAACUGGCUUCACUUCAGACUUCCUUUGUUACUUUGGAUGAAGCUAUUAAGAUAACCAACAGGCGUGUAAAUGCCAUUGAACAUGUCAUCAUUCCCCGGAUCGAACGUACCCUUGCUUAUAUCAUCACAGAGCUGGAUGAGAGAGAGCGAGAAGAGUUCUAUAGGUUAAAGAAAAUCCAAGAGAAGAAAAAGAUUCUCAAGGAAAAAUCAGAGAAGGACUUGGAACAGCGGAGGGCAGCUGGAGAGGUGAUGGAGCCUGCUAAUCUUUUGGCUGAAGAGAAGGAUGAGGAUCUUUUGUUUGAAUAGUUUCCUGCUCUGGUUCUUUCAUAAGCCCUAACAUGGCACCAUUUUAAUUCACGGUGUGUAGGUUUGGUAUGUGUGGCUAUUUAUUUUUUGGCCUAAGAAUUUCACUGGUGGUAACAUUUCCCAGGAUGUUGGUUAUGGGGCUGCCUUUGCAAAAUCCUAAUUCAGCAACCAUUUAUAUCAUGUGAGAUUUGUAGACCUUGCCCAGGAACCUGUAGAAUUUACUCUGCAGAAAUGGUACCCUAUUCUGUUUACAUUUGUUACAAGUGCUCUGCUUACCAAGCAUAUUAGGAAAUUCCCCUUAGGAAAUAGCAGUGGCCUCAGGCCAGCUGUCACUGUAGCACCCUUUGUUCCUACCUGCUCCCUGAGAUUGCUGCAGCCAUCCUUGUGUUACCGUGGUACUUGUCUCAAGCUUUAUGAAACUUUCACUAUUUUUCCUUGCAUGACAGGUCUCUGUCUUGUCUGUCAUGGGAGUUCUGCCAAUUUUAAUGUGACUAUGGUGUAAACAGUAAAAUGAUUUAAAAAUGA